AUGGCCUUGAGGCUCAACUUCUUCAUUUCUGCCUCCUUCAUAUCUUUGUUGCUAAGAUAAGGAGAGGGAACGUUUUCUGAUGUUCUGGAGAAAGUGAGUCUUUGGGAAGGAAAGUACUGUGCAAGUAAACACAUGAAGCAACAUUUUGAAAGGGAUGAAAGCCCUGGCUCCCUUUCACUGGUAUGUGAAUUUAUGGCCAUGACUAUUUAUGAGCUGAUAAAAGUGGAAUAUACCCAAUUGUUUAAGGCAUGGUACAGAAAUGGGAUAUUUCAGAGUGAUGGGCAACAAGAAAACAUAAUAAUAAGGCAGAACAGCCUGAAGUUAAGAGAAUUUGGAUCUUGUAGGAGUAUCUCUUCUCAGCAGGCACACAGUACCUCCCCAUGCUGGUACUGAGCACCUCAAUGUUUGCUUACAAAAGGGCUCUGUAGUUACAGAACUGGCAUGUGGAGUCCUGGCUGUGUUUUCUAUGAAAUCACAAGUUUCCAGUCUCUUUUUCUUGGAUAUAAUGAGCUGGACAACAUCUCAAAAAUCCAUGAAGUGAUAGGCACUCCUGGUAACAAAACUCCAAAAGUUCAAGCACAAACUUUCAGAAUCUCAACACCAAGAAUGGAAAAAACAUCCCAGCCUUGGCAAGAACUUGUAUAGAGAAGACUAAAGCACUUGAACAAGGCUCUGCAGGGAAACCUCUAUUGCUGCUGCUUGCACUAGGUGGAUCUUACUCAGUUUGGCACAUACAGUACUUCAAGGAUAUUGAUUUCCUAACAAGUUCCUUGCUGUUAAACCUCUGGAGACAAC